AUGUUCUCCUUCAUUACUGUCCUUUUCGCCUUUUUCCUCGCCGUCGUCGUCGCCUAUCCAACGUCCAAGUCGCAGGAGCUCAUGGUCUGGAACCCUACUAUCACCUCGCCCACCUCGUCCACCAAUUGGUGCGCUGGCACUCAACAUAAUGUAACCUGGGACACGACGGGUAUGCCUGAAGAUGUGAAGAACACCACAGGUCUGCUGUUGUUGGGACACCAGACCGAAGACAGCGAGAAUCUUGACAUCCACCGUCCCUUGGCUGCCAACUUUCCUCUGAGUUUAGGUUGGGUAAUGUGUACAAUGCCGAAUAACACCGCACCUCGGCCAGACUAUAUGGUCGUUCUCUUUGGAGAUUCUGGGAACACGUCGCCUCCCUUUAACGUUACCCAACCUCUCACCCAGUGA